UCUCCCUCCUUUUUUAGGGUUUCGCGCCUCACUCCUCUUCCCCUCUUUCCGCCCCGACCCCGUCCGCUCGUUCGUUUAUAGGGUUAGGGUUCCGGCGAGCAAGCUCUGCCUCCCGCCGGCGGCGGCGAUGGGUGUCCCGGCGUUCUACCGCUGGCUGGCGGAGAAGUACCCGAUGGUGGUGGUGGACGUGGUGGAGGAGGAGCCCGUGGAGAUCGAGGGCGUCCAGGUCCCCGUCGACACCUCCAAGCCCAACCCCAACGGCCUCGAGUUCGACAACCUCUACCUCGACAUGAACGGGAUUAUCCACCCCUGCUUCCACCCCGAGGACAGGCCCUCGCCGACAACAUUCGCUGAGGUUUUCCAGUGCAUGUUUGAUUACAUAGAUAGGCUCUUUAUCAUGGUUCGCCCUCGGAAGCUUUUGUACAUGGCCAUUGAUGGUGUGGCUCCUCGUGCUAAGAUGAACCAGCAGCGCUCUAGACGAUUCAGAGCUGCAAAAGAUGCUGCUGAUGCGGCUGAAGAAGAAGAAAAACUGCGUGAAGAGUUUGAGAGGGAAGGAAGAAAGCUUCCUCCAAAACUGCAAUCACAAACAUGUGAUUCUAAUGUUAUUACUCCCGGCACGGAGUUUAUGGCUGUUCUAUCAGUUGCUUUGCAGUACUACAUCCACCGCAGAUUGAAUUAUGAUCCUGGAUGGAAACAAAUUAAAGUUAUUCUUUCUGAUGCCAAUGUUCCUGGUGAAGGGGAGCAUAAAAUCAUGUCCUACAUUCGUGGCAAUAGGAACCUUCCUGGAUUUAACCCAAAUACCCGACAUUGCCUGUACGGCCUGGAUGCAGAUCUAAUCAUGUUAGCUCUAGCAACACACGAAGUGCACUUCUCCAUACUGAGAGAGGUGGUUUUCACACCUGGACAGCAGGACAAAUGCUUCUUGUGUGGUCAAGUUGGACAUCUAGCAGCAAAGUGUGAAGGAAAGGCAAAACGGAAAGCUGGGGAGUUUGAUGAGAAGGGUGAUGAAAUAGUACCAAAGAAACCUUACCAGUUCUUGAAUAUAUGGACCCUACGAGAGUACCUAGAAUACGAGUUCCGAAUGCCAAAUCCAGCUUUCGAGACUGAUAUUGAACGCAUCAUUGAUGAUUUCAUCUUCAUGUGCUUUUUUGUUGGCAAUGAUUUUCUUCCACACAUGCCGACACUAGAGAUUCGUGAGGGAGCUAUUAAUUUGUUAAUGGCUGUAUACAAGAAGGAAUUUCCUAAUAUGGGUGGCUAUUUAACUGAUGCUUGCACGCCUGAUCUGAAUAGAGUCGAACACUUCAUUCAAGCAGUUGGUUCAUACGAGGAUAAAAUAUUUCAGAAAAGAGCUCGUUUGCACCAGCGUCAAGCUGAAAGAAUAAAACGUGAUAAAGCCCAAGCAAAGCGAGGUGAUGAUCUGGAUCCCCAUGUAAGGGGUGAUCUUAUUGUACCUGUUGCACGCUUCCAAGGAUCUCGCCUUGCCUCUGGGGCUGUGGCUUCACCAUAUGAACAUAAUGGACGUAGCACGGAAAAGGGCAGUCAAGCUAAGAAAGCACGUGUAUCAUCUUCAGAUUCCAGCCUUUCUGCUGCUGUUGUUGAAGCUGAAAUUAGCGUUGAAGCACAGGCACGUGAAAACAAAGAAGACCUGAAGUCAAUGCUUAAAGUUGCACUUCGUGAUAAAUCAGAUCUUUUUAAUUCUGAAAAUCCUGAGGAGGACAAGAUAAAGCUUGGAGAACCAGGAUGGAGAGAAAGGUAUUAUGAAGACAAGUUUGGGGCAAGAACACCUGAGCAAAUUGAAGAAAUACGUAGAGAUGUUGUUCUCAAAUAUACUGAAGGUUUGUGUUGGGUAAUGCACUACUAUUAUGAAGGUGUCUGCUCAUGGCAAUGGUUUUACCCUUAUCACUAUGCCCCUUUUGCUUCGGAUUUAAAAGGUUUAGGCCAGCUUAAUAUAACUUUUGAACUUGGGUCACCAUUCAAACCUUUCGAUCAGCUUAUGGGAGUUUUCCCAGCGGCGAGCUCACAUGCACUCCCUGUACAGUAUCGGCAAUUGAUGACCGAUCCUAGUUCGCCCAUAAUUGACUUUUAUCCGAUUGAUUUCGAAGUAGAUAUGAAUGGAAAGAGGUUUUCUUGGCAGGGGAUAGCUAAACUGCCCUUCAUUGAUGAAGCUAGGUUGCUGUCUGAGAUUAAAAAAGUCGAGCAUACUUUGACGCCUGAAGAAGCAAGGCGAAACAGUACAAUGUACAAUAUGCUUUUUGUGAAUGGCGCACACCCAAUUUCGCCUUAUAUCUACUCUCUCAGCAGCAAAUUCGGACAUCUGCCUGAUAACGAGCGAAAUGAAAUUAAAGAGGAACUCAAUCCUAAAGCUAGUGGAGGAAUGAAUGGUUACAUCUCACUUUGUGGUGGGGAUCCAAGUCCGCCUGUCUUUAGAUCUCCUGUGGAUGGACUGGAGGAUAUUAUGGACAAUCAAGUGAUAUGCUCAAUUUACAAGCUUCCAGACCCUCAUAAGCACAUAGCACGUCCACCUCCUGGUGUUACCAUACCCAAGAAGAUUGUUGAAGCUGGUGACCUGAAACCACCGCCUGUGCUGUGGCAUGAAGACAAUGGCAGGAGGCCUUAUGACAAUAACAGGAGGCAUUGUGAUAACAGCAGCAGGCAAAACCCUGCAGGAUCGAUACAGGGCCGCCAACUAGGGGAGGCUGCACACCGACUAGUUGCAAACAGCUUGAAUGUUCGCGGUGGCGGACAAUACCCCCCUGCUAGGCCAUAUCAAACUAUAAUGAAUGGUAUGCAUUAUCCAAACGGAAUGCCACCAAGGAUGGAGCAGCCUGCUGGACGUUCUGGUUGGCAUGUUCCUAGUGAUAAUCUACCCAAUGGUCAGGCACCAGCCUAUGCGCAGCCAUCAGGUCAUCAGUAUACAAGAGAUAAUCGUGGAAGGCAACAACCAUAUGCGAGAGACGGCCACAGCGAUUCAAGAGGAGCAGGCCUGCAUCCAUCUGGAUACCAUCAGAAUAGUAGCAACACGUAUUCAUCACAUACUGCUCCUCCGUCAUCGGGUUUUGGACGAUAUGGGCAACCCCCCUCGUAUGCUGGGGGCUAUGCUGGUGGGGUCUACCAGCCUGCACCAUAUGCAGGAGCCCAACAGUGGCAGCAGCAACAACCUCAUAGUUCCUAUUCUGGAGGUGGGGCGCCUGCUGCAAGACCUAAUUCACGACCGCAGCAGUCACAGAACCGCUACAGCAAUUUAGAUAGGACUUCAAACAGGAGACCACCAGGUCAGGGCCGCUACUAGGCCCGCCUCCUCUUUGGUUCUAGCCCUGGCUUUGCUGUUACUACUUACUAGAACUUACCUUGACUUAAAUCAGGCAUAGGAAUAGACACAGCAUUUGCAAAGUCUGGUGAUCUUCAAGCUUCUUGAUGGUGGUAUAAAAAUUACCUAGGGGGAAGUGUUGUAUACUAUAAAUUAUUGCCAUAUCACCAGAUACUGGAGUAGACACAUCCAAUUUGCAAAUUCUGGUGAUCUCCAAUGCUUCUAGACAGCAGCAGCAAAGAUUGUAAGGGCCGUGUUGUACACUAUGAUACAUAAGUUAUCUGCUGUUGGGAGGAUGUUAACAAGUUUUUGUAUUGUAAAGAUGAUGUAUGUAUCUGGAUUCAUUCAAUUUUGAUGAAGGAUAAUUAGAUA